AUGAGGUUCGUGCCUGAUCUGGACCCUUCAUUUCAGCACAGUGACGACCCUUUCCAAGACGGCUAUUCGGACACAAGUUACGAGACUGACGAUGAGGAGAAAGAUGUGGUCUCUGUGUCCGUUUCAAAACAGCUAGAAAUGGCUAUGGAAGAGCUGGGAUUGGGGGAGCAUUAUAAGGCUGCUUCAGAGCUAAAGUCCCCUGAGUCUCAUGAUUCCUUCACUCCAACAUCGGCACAUAGAACAUCUGGGCCGGCAAACAGUAGAGUGCGAGAGGAUAAAGCUGGUUUCGUGGGAGCUCAGUUCACAGUUGAUUCUGAAGAGUCUGGUGACAAGAAUGAAGGUGAACCAAACUCUUCACAUAAAGCCCGUGAGGCCAAGAUUGCAUUCGAUAUCCGUGUUCGGAUGGACAGUCGGUUGGGGAAGAUUGAGUCCAUACUGGCUGAGAGAAGACGGGUUCGAGAAGAGAGGGCAGAGAAGCUCAGGCGUGAAGCUGAGGAAGCCAAAAGGUGCGAGGAGGAGAAAAAGAGGCAAGAGGAAGAGGCCAGGAGGAAAGAGGAGGAGUUGGAAAGAAAAGAACAGGAGAGACUACGGAAAGAAGAAGAAGAGAGGGCUGCCAAGAAGGCUCAGGAAGAAGCUGAAAAGGCCCAAAAAGAGAAAGAAAUGCAGGAACAUCAGGCUCAGGAACUUGUGAGAAAAGAGGAGGAAAAACGCCUACGAAUGGAGGCUGCUAAGAAGGAGGCCGAGUCCAAGAAGUCGUCAUACAAUUUCGAGGCCAUUUCGGCUGAAUUUGUUCAGUAUAAACAGGAUAUCUUGGAUAUAAAAGCUGAUGUUGUUGAGGCAAUGAAUAAGGACAAAGAUUUGAAAAAACUGGUGAAUCAGCACAAGCGCAAGAUCAACCCUAAGUUUGGCCAAUUGACCCAUACCUUGCCUCAGCUGCGAAAGAUCACCAGUGAGAUCGUGGCUCUCGUUGAGCAGACCAAAAAUAACAUCUUGGUGUUUAAGUGGAUCCUCAAUUUCAUGGCAAAGGCGAUUGUAUCGCAAGCUGAGACUGAGGUCACUGUUUCGCCUGGAGCGUCGUUGCCUUUGGGAAUGCUGGCAUUACAUCUGACCAUUGUUUUUCCAGAAUUCCGGUACUUCCUUAUGGCACGAUUUGUCAAGAAAUGCCCGUAUGUUAUUGGGUAUACCUGUGACAUAGACACAGACGAAGGCCGGAUUCGUAUGGGAUGGAAACGGUCUUCGGAUCAGCGGUGGGAGGCUGAAACCAAGUACAAUGAGCGGGUGGGUGGUAUUUGCACGUUAUUUUCUGCAAUGACUAGACUAAGACUGGAUCCUAGUAUAGUUCCACAGGCCCAGGGAGCAAAGCAUCCCUUCCCGAUAUCGCAUGGAUGGAGACUGGUUUCCAGAAUGUUGAAUCUGCCGCUGAAUUUGUUGCAAAACACGCACUUUGUGAUUGCAAAUGACUGGUGGGAUGCCUCUGCUGCAGAGUUUGUGAUGGCAUAUGGCAAACAAGCUAAUAAAAUCCUCGAGUUAAUGACAACCGAGUGGGUGGCUAGCGUGGCAGACAGAAGAUAUCCCGGUGCCGCGCGCCUGGUGCUCCAAAAGGAAGAGCUCGCCAGCACUGGCAAGUGCAAAAGCUUUAAGCCAAUGGACGCUUACGAAUAG